CCUCGGCUGAGCUCCCCUUCAUCUUCCCCCCCUCUGCUUGCAGGGUGGCGCCGCUCUAGGCCGUCGCGUCUCGGCGUUGCACAGGGUGCAAACCUGGCCCUGAACUGGAAAGACAGAAACCAUAUUAAGCCCCGGAGACCCGGCCCAGUCCGUUUAUAGGCAGAGCGAGCGCCGGGUAGCGAAUGGCGAAGCUCCUGCCCCUCUUCUGCAGGGCCGCCUCCUUGCCUCUUUCCUGAGGACAGGGCUAAAGGACAUGCAGAGACACCUGCGCCAAGUUGACUGUUUACUGGAAGUGCACGAUGCCCGAAUCCCAUUCUCAGGCCGGAACCCUCUAUUGCAGGAAACCCUGGGUAUCCGUCCCCAUUUGUUGGUGUUGAACAAAAUGGACUUAGCAGAUCUAACCCACAAAGAGAGGAUUCUACAACAUUUGGAACAGCAAGGCUUUAGAAAUACCAUAUUUGCAGACUGCCUGAAAGAUGAAAAUGUCAACAAGAUGGUUCCCAUUCUCACAGAACUGAUCAGCGACAGUAUGCGCUAUCAGAGAUCUGAGAAUCCUGAGAGCUCCAUCAUGGUCGUUGGUGUACCAAAUGUGGGGAAAUCAUCAGUUAUCAAUUCAAUUAGACGGCUGCACCUCAAGAAAGGGAAGGCUUCCUUGGUUGGUGGAGCACCAGGUAUUACCAGAGCUGUUCUAACCAGGAUCCAGGUGUGCGACCGACCCCUCAUGUUCUUACUGGAUACGCCUGGGGUUUUGACUCCCAGAAUUCCGAAUGUAGAGACUGGGUUGAAGUUGGCAUUAUGUGGGGCAAUCCACGAUCACAUGGUGGGUGAGGAUAUCAUUGCUGAUUAUCUCCUUUACACAUUGAAUCAGCACCAGCAAUUUAGAUACGUUGAAUACUAUGGGCUGGGUAGCCCGUGUGAUGAUAUAGAAAGUGUACUCAAGAGGAUUGCACAGCACCUGGGCAAGACCAGCCGAAUGAGAGUGCUGACUGGCACAGGAAAUGUGAUUGUGAAAGCACCCAACUACAAUGCAGCAGCGAAUCAUUUCAUUCAUACUUUUCGCAAGGGAUCUCUGGGGAAGGUCAUGCUUGACCAAGUUCCAUAGUUUUCUCUGCAAUUCUGCUGAAGUUUUCUCCUGAAUAGCUUUGGGAGCCUCUAUCCAGAGCAGAAGCACCAACAACCAGCAGAGCAGGGCUGCAAGGACUUUGCUUCAUGUUGAUAAUCCUUGAAUACAUGCAGCUAGUCACAUUUUUUUCACCUGUCGUUUGUGCACAGUUGCUAAACUCAGCUGUAAAAUCAUGCAGAUGAGGAUUGAACGGGCAACAGUGAGCUCUGUUUGAGGCUCCCUCUAUAAAAAGUGUAUGGAGGCAGCAUUCAUCUGAACACAUUCUCUCAUGCACCCUUCCAAGUCACAGGGAAUUCUUGCAACCUUCAGAGGUGUAGCUGAGUACUUUUCAGAGGGCAUAGAGAAAGAGCAUGGACACACUGUGGAAGUAAGAGGCCUCCUCUACUUCCUCCUGUUCUGAUGGCUCCCAGUCCCAUAAUUCAGCUUGGGUGAGAGUGUCCUGUUGAAUUACGGGACUGUGAAAUCAUUUUUUCAGAAAGUGCCAUCCCUAGACUGUACUGUUUUCUGUAUUUCUUCCCUAUCUCAUCCCUGGCAUCCAUUUUUCUUUGCUGUGGUAGUCAGGUGAGUAUCUGUUCUGAAGCAGGAAAAGUUUGCAUUCUUUAAAUGUCUAGGAAGUAGUUUGGCCAAAGCACUUUCAGGCAUAAUACUAUGUGAAUUCACUUUUGCCAACAAGAUAUCCAACAUGCUUUCAUUAAGUUAAGUGCUGAUCUGGUGGCAGUUUUUUUGAGCUUAUGUCGUAUCAACUCUUGAAGAGCUUUCUUUACUGCUCUGCUUCUUAAGCAGUAACAGGAAUGUUCUAUCAUUUGCUUCAUCUAUACAACUUUGAAGAAAAUAUGGUAUUUUUGCUUUGUUUGGACUGGCAAAGGAGCUGUCAAGCCUCAAGUGCAAAAACUAAUGUGCGGAAAAGCCACUUUAAAAUAAAAAGAAAAGGGGAAAAAAGGAAAAAAAAUCUGACUGGGCACUGGAAGUUCUGUGAAGCUUUCUGGUGCCUCAAAAACAGUCUUGGAGCAUAAUGCAAUGACUGUGGGCUGCAUUUUUGACAUGCCUGCAUCAAACCCAUGUGGACUAAGUACCUUAUUUUUCCAUGUAUAAAACGACAAUUUUUACUUAAAUAGACAAAAAAUUGAGGGUCGUUUUAUACAC